GAAAUCGUUCUUGCGCAAACGACAGUAGAGUCCAGACGAGUUUGUUUCCGUUUCAAUAAUAUUCAAACGUAUUCAGUUUUCACAAGUAAACAGAAACAUUCAAAGGAAAGGAUGCUGGUGGAACGCGUGUUGGACGACAGUCGAGACCUACUGGACCAGGAGUCCGGGCUGUCGUCAAGCCCCAUGAACCUGGAUUUUUACUACGGACACAGUUCACCUGUUUCCAGCGAGUCGUCCCAAGACCACAGUAUCCCUUCGUCUCCGAGCUCGGAAUACGAAUGGGCCGGCAGUCCAGGUCAGUCUCAGAUGGGUGGCAGGAGGCAGCACAAUAAACCUUUCCAGGGAGUGCGUGUGAAAAACUCAGUUAAGGAGCUACUAAUGUACAAGCGCAGUUGUCAGAUGUCAGUGGGCCAAGAUCAAGAAGUGAACAAGGUCCAACAAAAUCAGAGCACAGCCGGAGAGUUUGCAGAGCUUAAGUCCAUUCUUUUACGUGAAGGUAAAAGGCAUGCAUCAGAGAGUCUUGUCGAUUCAUCAUAUUUCAAAAGAUCAGCUCCAUACCCAUCUCCACAUCUUCUGACGCCUCCCCAGACCCCAACCUCCUGUGAAGUUAUGGAAGAAAGUCAGAAGAAUGAUUUGUUCAGCUCAGAAGUUAAUAGUGACAUCAUGGAUAUCAUCGAGAUGCUGAAGACACCUUCCAACCCAAUCUCGCUUAACACUGUUCAGGUUAACUGUAACAGUAUGCCACAACAAGAAGAACAAUCUGUAAACCAUUGCUACCAAGGGGACUAUUCAUGCCAGCCAGUAUCUAGCAGCCCUCCACAAGUCUACAGUCAGCCAUCGACCUUUCCUUACCAGACUCAGACUAUGACUCAGCCACUAGAUGUCAUUCCGUUUUUCAGCGGGGAGUGUGCCAGUUACACACCCACACAGCAGGAUUCACUCUUUUGUUCUAAGCAACAGGACCAGGGUAACUCUUGCAGCCUUGGCAAUCCAACAGAGUUUACUGGAUUUUCUCCUCCAAAUGUGUCUCCACUACCCUCAUUAUCACCUGCCCAAGGAUUAGCUGGCAUGUCUUUCUUCCAGUGGCAAAUCGAGCAAGAGGAGAGGAAACUGGCCAGCAUGACUCAGGAUCAGCUCAUCACCACUGAUACAGAUGGUGAUACGUUUCUCCACAUUGCUGUGGCACAGGGCAGACGGGCUGUCUCAUAUGUCCUUGCUAGGAAGAUGGCAUCAAUCGGCAUGCUGGAUGUGAAGGAGCACAAUGGACAGAGUGCCCUGCAAGUUGCUGUGGCUGCCAAUCAGCACCUGAUUGUUCAGGAUCUGUUGAGCCUUGGAGCACAGAUUAACACAGCCGAUCGGUGGGGAAGAACCCCGCUGCACGUGUGCUCAGAAAAGGGCCAUGCCCAAACUAUCCAGGCGAUUCAGAAAACACUCAUGAAAAAUGGCCAGCAGUUGGAUCUGGAAGCUAUAAAUUAUGAAGGUCUUACCGCACUGCAUACAGCAGUGAUUACCCACAAUGCUGUGGUGCAUGAGCUACAAAAGGCACGGCAGCCCAGGUCACCUCAUGUGCAAGAACUGCUGCUUAAGAACAAGAGGCUGGUGGAUUCGGUGAAACUUCUUCUUCAAAUGGGAGCCUCAGUUCAAGCCAAGGAUCGUAAAAGUGGGCGCUCAGCAGUGCACAUGGCCGCAGAAGAAGCCAACGUUGAGCUCUUGAGGCUUUUCUUAGAUCAUCCAGGCUCCCUCAAUGUAAUUAAUGCAAAGGCCUACAAUGGAAACACCGCCCUGCAUGUGGCAGCCAGCCUGCAGAAUCGGUUGGCUCAGGUUGAUGCCGUGCGUCUGCUUAUGAGAAAAGGGGCAGAUCCAAGUGCCCGGAAUCUGGAAAAUGAACAGGCAGUCCACUUGGUCUCAGAGGGGCCAUCCGGAGAGCAGGUUAGACGGAUUCUUAAAGGGAAAGCAGCACAGCCAAGAGCCUCUCCUGUCUAAGGCCGUGUCAUUAUGUUCACACUCACUGUCAGUUAGACAGUCCGACAUUUUGUUGUAAAUAACCGUUUGUCAGUGUAUGGCAAAUGUAAGUUGUUUCUAGGAAACAAAUUAAUAUUUGUUAACUACUGUGUAGUUGGUAAGUUACGGUAAAUUACUCACAUACACGCACACUCAUGACACUCAUCUGCUUUAUCAAUGCUCCAAAGCAUGACUGUAGAGUGAAGGAGAUGAUUCUGAGCAAAGAGACCAGUGUAAACAAACUUCAGGUUAGGUUGCUUCUGCGAAACGAAAUGUGGCAACCUGACAAACCACAUUUUAAGGGCACAUCAUAGGUGUGCAGCGACAGAGUUAUGUAAUUUCUAUAAUGUUUAUUAAAUAAGGAGGUGGAAUUGAAGGAUCUGCAAGUGAAAUGGGGUUCAGGCUAAUCAUAAAAUUUUCCUUCUCUUUGUAAAUAAUGGACGUUUUCUUUCCUGCACACUACUUUUGUUGUGGUAAGUUAUAAAUAGAUUCAUUACGGUGUGCUCAAUAAUUUAUAUUAAAGGUUAAAUAUGCUAAAUUAGUUAAGUACAGGAGAUUUUGAUAGCAUGAACUGAAAAGAAUUAUAUGUUAAAACAUUCAGUUGAAGUUUAUUUGUAUAGCUGAAUGUUGUACCUCGGAUACAGGAGUUGGAGUUAGUUCUAAUAGCAUACUGGGUUUUGCUAGAAAGUAGUUUUGCUUUCUGUAUUAUAUUUUUAAGUUUAGUUUGCCAAAUAAUAUAACAUGUAUGGGAUGUAUAAUAAUCAUUUUAAGCAUUUUGGGAUGAUCCUCAAAAACGGAGGAUAGAUGUCAUUGUCGUUUGACUGGACAAACUUUUAUAAAGGUGUCACCACUAAAGUCACUUUAAUUAAUAACUGAUCCUCUUGUCAUUUAAAUGGCAUGUAAUAACAGGCCGGACUUUUGUGACAAGUAUAAAUGGAGGGAAGUAAGAGCUGUGCCACUAAAAUCAGCAUUUGCUGAGCACAGAGAUAGAGGUACAAUCUUAAUAACUUGGUAGUGGAAUCGUCUGUUUAGAUUUCUUUAUAGGUUGAUGUUACCGUUUAUCCAUAACAUGGGGGUGGUUGCUAUGCUAUAUAUCAUAUGUAUUAUGUUUUGUUAUUUUUAUGUGAAUGUUUGAUUACAGUAGAGAUGUACUUUUUACCAUUGUGACGUAUAUACUACAUAAAAGUAUGGUUUUAUUUACCGAUUCUUUGAUGGAAUUUUAAGACACAUCGCAGUUUUUUUUUGAUGUGAAGAUUAUAAUGGUUUAAUAUAGUUCAAUUGUGACAUAAAUGUUUAAAUUUGAUCUCAAUAUCAAAACCAUUUGAAUAAGUAUGUCUUGUAGACAGCAUUUUAAAUUAUGUUUUAUUGAAAUGUUUCUGGAAUGUUUAAUAAAGGAAUUCAAAACA